AUGCAAAAAGAACAAGUUAACACAGAUGUCGCACAAAUUGAUGAAGAAAAGAAUAACAAGGUGGAAUCUGACAUUGAGGAAGUGUUGCUGGAGCCACGAUUCAAAUAUUCCAGAAUUCUAAAUAAUAUACCUGGAACAGCACGUCAUCAUCGAUGUCCGGUUACAAAAAUAUCAAUUGAUCCGACGGGAUCAUACUUCGUUAGUUGUUCACAGGAUGCUCGAAUCAGUAUUGGAGGCAUUACUUCCUUCGAACUUUCGCAAAUUAUAGAUUUAAAGUUAGCCGCACGAUCGGUAGCAAUAGAUCCGGAUUUUACGAAGCGUAGUUCAGGACAUAUGUUUAUAACUGGAGAAAGAAAUUUAUUGCUACAUCAGCGAACAUUUUUCGGCAAUUAUAGAGAAAAGGUCGUCAUCUAUAUUGUAACCUUUGAAGCAGAUAGUGCUUCAAAUAUACUUUAA